UACGUUGCCACUGUAGUAUCACUUAGUCACUAUUCUACUCGCUAAUGUCUACCUGAGUGUGUUUAUAUUGUCAAAUAGUAUUUUAUUAUGUGCAAAAUAUUUUUGACUUAACAUUUUUCAAUAUAGUAUAAAAUACUUUGUAAUAGCACAUUAUUUAUGAUAUGAAAACAAAAAAUUAUUUGUAAUUAGAGUGAUAUUAAACAGUGAAUAUAUAUAUAUGACCAUCUGCAGGUGAAUCAGUGAUUCUCAUAUCCACCGACGUUAUUUACUAUAAGAGUUUACCAAAUCCUUCAGCAUGCGCGCGCGGAACAUAAAUUAAUUUACUAAUUUCCUGCGGAGGUCGCGUAGUCAUUAAAAUUUUGGAAAUAUACGACACCCUAAUUUGUUAAGAUAUAUUUGCUUAAGCAAGUUAGUAAAAAAAUUUUCUGAAUUUGUCAUUGAUAACUCAACUAAUCAGUUAUGCAGAUGAGCAAUCAUAUAAUGAAUAAAAAUGGCAUUUUUUAUGACACAAGCAAGUAAAUUAUUAUGAAGAGCUACUAUUGUAGAAAAAAUCAACAAUUUAAAAAUUACUGAGUUUUAAAUUAUUCGCUCAGUACUUGAAGUAUUUUUCAUAAUGGAAGAACCUCAAAAACUAUUUAGGUUACCAGGAAACAUCGAAGAGGAAGAGGAAUGUGAAAAUGAUAAUAAUUCAAAACAGAAUAAUAAUCCAUCUCGUGCAGAAUCUCCUUUGCUAUCACAGAAAAGUCACAAUGCCUCAUCAAUAGUGCCACGCAAUGUAACUUUAGUCCGAGAAAAUACACAAAAUAGCAGUAUUGGAAAUAUGGGCCGCCAAGAUUCAAAUAGAAGUCGGUACAGAGCAGGACCAAUAAGAAGAUCACGGAGAAGAGCGGUAUUCAAAAAUGGUGAUUGCAAUGUUUUACAAUCUCGAAUAUCACGACGAUCAUUACGUUUUCUUCAAGAUAUUUUUACAACUCUUGUCGACACGCAAUGGCGCUGGACAUUACUUUGUUUCACUCUAAGUUUUGUCUUAUCGUGGCUAGGAUUUGCAGUUAUUUGGUGGCUUAUUGCAUUUACUCAUGGAGAUUUUGAUAUAAAUCAUUUACCUCCGUUUCAAGCUAAAAAUAAUUGGACACCAUGCAUUUACAAUAUAUUUUCAUUCACCAGUUGCUUUCUAUUCUCGGUUGAAACUCAACACACUAUCGGAUAUGGUAGUAGAUCGACAACCGAAGAAUGUCCAGAGGCUAUAUUUGUGAUGUGUAUUCAAAGCAUCGCUGGAGUGAUGAUUCAAUCAUUCAUGGUUGGCAUCGUAUUUGCGAAAAUGAGCCGACCAAAACAACGUACCCAAACAUUAUUGUUCUCACGCAAUGCAGUCAUUUGUCAACGAGAUGGUGAACUUUGUUUCAUGUUUCGUGUGGCUGAUAUGAGAAAAUCUCAUAUAAUCGGUGCCACGGUAAGAGCUCAAGUAAUCCGAUCUAUUACAACUAAAGAAGGAGAAAUUCUUACCCUGAAUCAAAAAGAACUCACCGUAGGAACAGAUGAUAAUAAUAAUGGCAAUAUAUUCUUCAUUUGGCCUAUGACAAUUAUUCAUAAAAUUAAUGCAGAAUCACCAUUUUAUGACAUGUCAGCUGAAGAUAUGUUGACGGAGCGGUUUGAAGUUGUGGUUAUUCUCGAAGGAACGAUUGAAUCUACUGGACAGACUACACAAGCGAGAUCAAGUUAUCUGCCACACGAAAUUUUAUGGGGUCAUCGCUUCGAGCCAAUGGUGGAUUAUUCCAAAGAACGACAAGGAUAUGAAGUAGACCAUUCUCUUUUUAAUUCUACUACACAAGUCGAUACACCAUUGUGCUCUGGGCGAGAACUUACGGAUUUUUAUAAAGUUCAAGACGAUUCACGUUACAGCACAGAUGGUACAAGUUUGAAAAAAAAUCCUGGUGACUCGACAAUGCCACUGCUACUGACCACGUAUAAUCAAAACGAUAAUGACUCUGGUUACUUGAGUCCCCAAAGUUAUAUUUAUCACAGAUCGCCAAAACUCCACGUCAAUGUUCCACUAAUCGAUGAAGCACAAGGAUUGUAAACGUCUAUGAGAAGAUCUUAUUGAGAAUCAAAACAAUUUUAGCUUGCAUAAUCGAUAAUUCUUGUUUAAUUUUUCUAUUUUAUUUUAAUCGUAGUAAACUGCGCCCAAAGAAAAGAAAUGCCAUUCGGCCUCACCCGAAAUGGAAGGUAGAUUUCAUUUGAUAUAAAAUUCCCUUUAUUUUCGCUAUUAUAAUUUGUGUAAACCAAAUUUUUAAAUUAAUUACAAUAAAGGAGUUCUGCAAAAGA